GUGAAUUAAAACACAUCACAAUAGAACAAGGGGUUCAUUUGUAACUUAAGUGAUAACUAUAAGGACUUCAUUGAGAUUUUCUCUUCGUUGCAACAGAGAGCGGCGGCCGGCGGUGAAGUUUUGCUGGUAUUGAUUAUAGUAAAACACAUGGGAUUGCCGAGAUUUAAACGUCCUGUAGGGACUAGCGAACCAAGUUCAAAUCUUUAUGUGGCCAAUUGUGGACCUGCAGUUGGACUAACUUUGGACACAAUUGAAGCCGUAUUUGGUGCAUAUGGUCAAGUUAAGGGAGUCCAUCUCGCUGAUGAAAGUGGCACUAGAGUUAUUGUGUCUUAUCAUGAAGAAAAGUCUGCAGAAUCUGCCCUGACGGCGUUGAAUAGACGAGCAUGUCCUGAGCUUGGUGGCCGGUCUUUGCACAUUCAGUAUUCAGUACCUUCUGUUUGUCAGGUUGCAGUGGAUGACUCAAUUGAGGUGUCGAUGGAAUCUUCAGAGUUAGAUAUUCCUGGUCUUUACUUGAUUCAUGACUUCAUCAGUGUCAAAGAGGAGGAGGAACUACUUGCAGCAGUUGAUUCAAGGCCUUGGCAAAGACUUGCUAAAAGAAGGGUGCAGCAUUAUGGUUAUGAGUUCCACUAUAAUACGAGGAAUGUCAACACAAAUCAGUACUUGGGUGAACUUCCAUCAUUUCUUUCGCCAAUACUUGACAAGAUGUCAAUGUUUCAAAAGCUUGGUUACACUGAAACCGUAGUUAUGGACCAGCUCACGGUUAAUGAAUAUCCACCCGGAGUGGGAUUGUCUCCACAUAUUGACACCCAUUCAGCAUUUGAAGGAUUAAUAUUCAGCCUUUCAUUGGCAGGGCCUUGCAUCAUGGAGUUCAGAAAGUAUUCUACUAGUGUUUGGCCUACAGACCCCAACACAUUGAGUGAUGAAGAGGCUCAAAAUUCCGAUAAGAGCUCAAAGUUUUUGAGGAGAGCUAUUUAUCUACCCCCUCGAUCUAUACUGUUGUUAUCACGAGAAGCACGCUAUGCUUGGCAUCAUUACAUUCCACACCAUAAGAUUGAUGUAGUGAACGACACCAAAAUCAGAAGGGCUUCAAGGAGAGUGUCCUUUACAUUGCGCAAGGUAAGAAAAGGACCAUGUGAAUGCGAGUUCCCCGAAUACUGUGAUUCUCAGAAGUGCUAGACAAUUAUACACUGAUUACACUUUGCCAGAAACCAGAAGAUUUGAUCAUUGCUUAUUUCAUUCCGCGUGGUUAUCUUCUGUCUGAACCGGUUUCUGGUGAAUUUAAACAACCAGGUCGAGGUUGAGGUUGAGGUCGAGGUCGAGAAUUUCUAUAUAAAGCUGAGAGGUUCAUUGUGUUUUUAGCUGAACUCUAUAUUCAAGUUGCAUUGAGUAAGUGUCAAAUUUUCUUGUUUCCUUUUCUGUUUACUGGUCUAUUGCAGCAGAAAUCCAGGAAAUAUUUUUUUUCCGUUUGAUUUUACAUAGUUUAAAGAUAUUUUGGACUAUUUUCCGUUCCGUUAAGUAGAAGAAACAAAUAUACCUUUAGACUUUAGUUACCUUCUAGCUAGUUUUUCAUAGUAUUACACCUUUGUUUGGAUUUUCGUUACUCGUUGUAUUGUAUUGUAUUGUUAGUUCAAAUACAAUAUAUUUAUUUUGAUUAUUACUUAAA